CCAUCGGUAGUUUUCCAGCUCUAAUCGGUGUCUAUUACUAAUUUUUUUUAAAGGGUGCUCGGGUUUUUGUGUAUGAACUGUAUCAAUUGAAGUAAUACCUUAAAUAAAUCUAUUAAAAAUACAGGUUUCUUUACGGUCUGUGGACGUACAGAAAAAAAUGAUAAAGGCGAUUUUGGUUUUCAACAACCAUGGGAAGCCGAGGCUUUCGAAAUUCUACCAAUACUUUAAUGAAGAUAUGCAGCAACAAAUAAUUAAAGAAACGUUUCAGCUUGUGUCGAAACGAGAGGAUAACGUCUGUAAUUUUUUGGAAGGUGGAAGUCUCAUUGGUGGUUCUGACUACAAAUUGAUAUAUCGCCAUUAUGCUACUCUUUAUUUUGUGUUUUGUGUGGACUCGUCUGAAAGUGAAUUGGGAAUUUUGGAUUUAAUCCAAGUUUUUGUAGAAACUCUGGACAAAUGUUUUGAAAAUGUUUGUGAAUUAGAUUUGAUUUUCCAUGCCGACGCAGUGCAUCAUAUUUUAGCUGAACUCGUUAUGGGCGGAAUGGUUCUUCAAACAAAUAUGACCGACAUAUUAGCACGAAUAGAAGAACAGAAUAAACUAGUCAAGCAAGAAGCUGGUAUUUCGGCAGCUCCUGCCCGAGCUGUAAGCGCAGUCAAAAGUAUGAACAUUCCACAACAAAUUAAAGAUAUUAAGCUCCCCGAUUUACCUCAGGCAAUCAAGGAUUUGAAGUUCUGACCGGGUCAAAAUUCAGCCUCAGAAAUUUUGGACUCUUAUUUUACCAGCAAUUUAUCAUCAUCAUCGAUUAGUUCCGCAACGUUUGCUGCUUUGUCAACUACAGAGGCAGAUUAUUAUACAUUUCUGCGUCAAAGUACUUAUGAGCUCAUUGAUGACGAAAGCAGCAGUUUUUCUACUUCUAACUUUGCUUCCCCAACUAAUUGCAAUUCCGAUUACUACCAAAGAGAAACUGGAAUCGAAGUUUAUUCUACAAAUCUAAAUAAGCAAAUAGAGGAUUCUGUACCGAUUGAUAGUGUAAUGAGUUCCAGCUUAGGAGUGGAGGCCAGCAUUAAGUUGGUAAAACAGUCAUUUGAAAUAGGUGAUCAAACACCCAUAAGGAAAAAUAAAAAGCAAAAGCGACAUCAAGCCUCUCUAAUUUGCAAUACCCGCUAGGAGCAGAGAAAAGCUUUGAUAUAUGUAACAUUUUUAAUGUCGAUCCGUAUAUUUUGUGCUGAUUUGAUGAUAGAUUAUGAAUAUAUGUAUUAUGCUACCUUUAAUUAGAUAAAAUUUUAAUGAGAUAAAGUUUUGGA